AUGGCGACCAAUCAUGCCGGUGCAGCAAGUGGAGCAGCUCAACAGCAGCCGAACUUUCCGGAUGCCAUUUUGCGGAUCCUGAACAAUCAACACACGCUCAUAACGCAGUUGUCGCAGCAGAUAUCAGCCACCCAGACUGCCAUCACGAAGUUGUCCUGCAAUGAAACCGUACUGGAUUCCCUCUCAAGCAACAUAGCGGAAUUCGUAUACGAGAAAGAGAGCGGGCACACAUUCGACGCGUGGUUUUCCCGCUACACCGAUCUCUUUGAGAAGGACGCCGCCAAAUUGGAUGACGCUGCUAAGGUUAGACUCCUCCUACGGAAAAUGAGCCCACCGGACCACGAGCGCUACCACAGCUUUAUCUUACCAAAGCUCGCUCGUGAGUACACCUUCGCCGAAACGGUAGAAAAAUUGAAAUCACUGUUCGGUGCGUUCACUUCAAUCUUUCGUCGACGGUACAACUGCCUCCAGACAACCAAGGAGGACAGUGAGGAUUAUCUCGCCUACUCGUGCCGGGUGAAUAAGUCCUGUGUUGACUUCAAACUGUCAGAACUUACUGAAGAACAAUUCAAGUGUCUGACGUUUGUGUGUGGCCUCAAGUCCAAGCAAGACGCCGAGAUCAGAAUGCGGCUAAUCAACAAGCUCAAUGAAGCUGCGGAUCUUACUCUUCAACAAGUAGUUGAGCAAUGCAACAACCUCGUCAACCUCAAGAUGGACACUGUUAUGGUAGAAAACCCAUCGGGAGUGAAUUUCGUUGCUCACAACCAGAAGAACAGUCGUCGAUCAACCAGCAGCACUCCCUCGCACGAUCAGCCCAGAACACCCUGUUGGUCCUGCGGAGGGAUGCACUUCAGCAAAGAUUGCCGUUUUCGCGAUCGCAAAUGUCGCGACUGCGGUAAGCAAGGUCACCGAGAAGGGUACUGCGCAUGUUUUUCAUCGAAGUCGGCAGCGAGCGGUUCGAGAAAGCAGCUACCGAAGAAAAUCAAGAUGAAGAAGAAGCGUGAGCAGUCAACAAAGACGGUGACAGUUCGGAACAUUCAUCAGGGUCGAAAAUUCAUCGAAGUCCAACUCAACGGUGUCCCUCUCCGACUGCAGUUGGACACUGGGUCGGACAUAUCCAUCAUCUCGCAUCAGUCGUGGGUCAAACUUGGUCGUCCGAAAGUACUGCCAGCAAGUUGUCGAGCAAAAACAGCGUCCGGGGAGCCGCUGAAACUUAUUUCAGAGCUGCAGUGUAGCAUCACCCUCAACAACAUCACCAGAGAGGGCAUCGAUAUGAUGGACCAGUUCGGUCUGUGGAACCAACCGAUCACGGCGUUCUGCAACCAAGUUACUAGUCAGCAGACCCAAGACGUUUCCGACCUUCGGGCCGGGUUUCCCGACGUUUUUACCACGAAAAUGGGCAUGUACAACAAGACGCCGGUAAAGCUGGUGCUGAAGGAUGAUCCCAAGCCGGUGUUUCGACCAAAACGGCCGGUGGCUUACAGCAUGGAGAGCGUCGUGGAAGAGGAACUUCACCGGUUGGAAAGCCUUGACAUCAUCAAAAAGGUUGACUUUUCCGACUGGGCAGCACCAAUAGUCGUUGUGCGGAAGCCUAACGGGACGGUCCGCAUAUGUGCGGAUUAUUCGACGGGGUUAAACGCAGCACUAGAGCCGAACUGCUAUCCGCUCCCUCUACCCGAAGACAUCUUCACAAAGAUGGCCAACUGCCGGUACUUCAGCCACAUUGAUCUGUCGGACGCCUACCUCCAGGUCCAGGUCGAUGAGGCAAGCCAACCACUUCUUACAAUCAACACGCAUAAAGGCCUCUACCAGUUCACCAGACUGUCACCCGGCGUCAAAUCAGCUCCGGGAGCGUUCCAGCAAAUAAUGGAUACCAUGCUUGCUGGUCUGGAAUGUACCUCUGGUUAUCUGGAUGACAUCCUGGUAGGGGGCCGAACGUUGGAGGAAUAUCGUCGGAACCUGUAUCGGGUCCUCACUCGCCUGCAGGAAUUUGGGUUCACCGUACGCAUUGAAAAAUGCAGUUUCAACAUGCGCCAAGUGAAAUAUCUGGGUCAAAUUCUCGAUGGAGAUGGCAUUCGACCAGACCCGGAGAAGGUAGCAGCAAUUGCCAACAUGCCACCCCCGCACGACGUUUCUACACUUCGCUCGUACCUAGGUGCCAUUAAUUAUUAUGGCAAAUAUGUAAAGGAAAUGCGCACUCUUCGGCAGCCGCUAGACCAGCUGCUGAAAGCGGACACCAAGUUCGAGUGGUCGUCCGCCUGCCAAAAGUCAUUCGAUCGCUUCCGGGAGGUUCUUCAAUCACCAUUGCUUCUGACGCACUACAACCCUAACAUGGAAAUCGUCGUGUCGGCGGAUGCAUCAACGGUCGGGCUGGGAGCCCGCAUCGCCCACAGAUUUCCCGAUGGGUCCAUCAAAGCCAUUUAUCACGUGUCCCGUAGCCUAACCCCAGCCGAAAGCAACUACAGUCAAGUCGAAAAGGAGGGCUUGGCACUGGUGUUCGCAGGGACGCGGUUUCAUAGAAUGCUGUUCGGUCGUCGAUUCACUUUGGAGACCGAUCAUAAACCGCUCCUGCAGAUAUUUGGCUCAAAGAAAGGUAUUCCCACCUACACCGCUAACAGGCUCCAGCGGUGGGCCUUAACCUUUCUCCUUUACGAUUUCGAAAUCCGCUACAUCUCUACGGAUAGCUUCGGUCACGCGGACAUACUCUCCAGACUCAUCAACCGUCACGUGCGACCAGAAGAGGAAUACGUGAUUGCCAAUCUCCAACUGGAACACAGCAUUCGCACCGUCAUCAACGAGUCGCUGCAGGUUUUCCCGCUCUCGUUCAAGGCCAUCCAGAGCGGAACCAAAAGCGACGCGAAUUUGCAGCAAAUCAUUCGUUUCGUCAACGAAGGCUGGCCGUCGAAGAAGACCAGCAUUACCGAUCCCGGAAUCCAACAAUUUUAUCAACGUCGGGAGUGUCUCUCCGUCGUAGCUGGAUGCCUACUCUAUGGUGAAAGGUUGGUCAUCCCGCCAACGUUCAAAAAGCGCGUUCUCCAACAGCUGCAUAAAGGACACCCCGGAGUUGAACGAAUGCGUUCCGUCGCUCGUCAAUAUGUUUACUGGCCAAACAUCGACGACGAGGUAGCGAAGCUUGUCGCUUCGUGCAACGAGUGUGCCAGCGUAGCUAAGACAGACCGGAAGACUACCAUGGAAUCCUGGCCCGCACCGGAGAAACCGUGGCAACGGUUACAUCUGGAUUACGCCGGUCCGCUGGAUAGGAACUAUUUUCUCAUUCUGGUGGAUUCGUUCACCAAAUGGCCAGAAGUCGUACGAACCAAGGAGAUCACCACCACAGCAACCUUGCGAAUCCUUCGUGGCAUCUUCGCAAGAUACGGUCAGCCGGAAACAUUGGUCACAGAUAAUGGGACACAACUCACCAGCGACCGGUUCGAAUCAUACUGCGACACGAACGGUAUCGUUCACCUGAAGACAGCGCCAUUCCAUCCACAGUCAAAUGGACUAGCAGAGAGGUUUGUCGACACGUUUAAACGGUCGCUCAAGAAAAUCACCGCAGGGGGGGAAACCCUCGACGAAGCCAUCGAUACCUUCCUCCUGUGCUACAGAACAACACCCUGUCGCAGCGCACCUGGUGGGAAAUCUCCCGCUAACCUGAUGUAUGGACGCCCGAUCCGUACGUCUCUGGAAUUACUUCGCCCGCCUAAGCCGCUCUACAAGUUACCUAGUACUAAACAGGAAAAGCAAUUCAACCGGAAGCACGGCGCGAAAGCUCGAAGUUACGAUUCACAAGAUCUCGUCUGGGCUAAGGUCUACUCAGCCAACAAGUGGACCUGGCAGCCUGGCACGGUGAUCGAGCGCAUCGGUCGGGUUAUGUAUAACAUCUGGCUGCCUGUGAAGCAAAAUCUCGUUCGAUCCCACUGCAACCAACUGCGGACUCGUCACGAAUCUGAAAUAAACGCAGAAGCUGAGACGAUACCGGAAACUGCCCAAGUACCGUUGUCUAUUCUCCUGGACAGUUGGGGUUUACGUCCUACUCCUGAGCCGGAAGCUGAGGAACUCGACUUGCCAGCCGAACUCCAAGAAGAUCUGCAGCCACAGAUUAGUCGUCGACGUCAACGAGCCUCCCUUAGCACGCAACAGCAACAACCGAUUCUUACUCGUCAGUCUUCGAGAUCUCGAAGGCAGCCUGCGAGGAAGAUUGAGGGAAAAGUGGCUACAUCGCUGCGUAUGCUUGGUCGGGAGGUCGGUGCAACCGGCCAAACAGUGAAAAAGUAA